AAGCACUGCAUAAUCAGGCCAAAAACACAGCUGGUCGAGGUGACAAGAAUAUAUGUACAUAAAGCAGGGAAAACAAUCGAAUCGAAUCUGAACUUUGCUCCCGAUUUUCGCCCAUAUCAGCGUGAGCUUGCAGAAUCUCGGCAUUCGCAUUCUAUAUUUGUAUCCCUGCAUCCAAAACUCACAGCAGAUCGUUGUGAAAUCGUACACAUAGUCGAUAUAUAGCGCAGUAAUGGCCGGCCGCUCCAUCGUCCACUUUUUUCUGGGGUCCGUGGCAAUCGCCCUGGGAUCGUACAUCUACUUCACCAUGCAAAUCGACAUGUCUGCUAACGGAGAUUACAAGAACGCCGCCUCGAUCUACGAGUUCACCGUGAAGGACACCCAUGGCAACGAUAUUUCGCUGGAAAAGUACAAGGGCAAGGUGGUCCUGGUGGUGAACAUCGCCUCCAAGUGCGGCCUGACCAAGAACAACUACGAGAAGCUGACGGAUCUGAAAGAGAAGUACGGCGAGCGUGGCCUGGUGAUCCUCAACUUCCCGUGCAAUCAGUUUGGAUCCCAGAUGCCGGAGGCCGAUGGAGAGGCCAUGGUGUGCCACCUGCGCGACUCCAAGGCUGACAUCGGCGAGGUGUUCGCCAAGGUCGAUGUUAAUGGAGACAAUGCGGCGCCGCUGUACAAAUACCUGAAGGCCAAGCAGACCGGCACCCUGGGCAGCGGAAUCAAGUGGAACUUCACCAAGUUCCUGGUGAACAAGGAGGGCGUGCCCAUUAACCGAUAUGCCCCGACCACCGAUCCCAUGGACAUCGCCAAGGACAUUGAGAAGCUGCUGUAGAUGUGGCCUAGACGUUAGCUGCCCUUUGGACUGUGUUUUCGCGUAGCUUUAGCUUGUAACUGCCUGGCCACAGAUAGUCUUGUGGCCGGCCACAUGCACCGCAUGGUAUAUAUAUUGUCUACUCCUUACUGGUUUUGAUUCCCACCCGCAAACAUAAUAAACGCCAUUCGUGGUUACCACACUAUCA